UGCGGUAAGAUUUGUGGCUUCGAUUCAAACACUAGAAAAGCUUGACCAGUUCAAACAAGGCCAAAAAAGUGCGAGGAGACGGCUAUGAUGUCCGGAUAUACACACGAAACCGAUGCGCAUUUGUCCGUGUAUGUACGAGUAGACGUCAUCACGAUGUGCAGCGCGAAUCACUCAGCACUCAAGCAAGGAAACGCCUGCUGGAAACGCCUGCAUAACGUCCUCAUCGCGGCCAGAUGGCUUGCCCAAACAGUUCAAAACAUCGGCAACGCCCGUCGCGUAUUUUUCCGAGUUCCUCACCUCCUUGGGGACCGCGCAUCUUUUGAAUCACGUCCAGAAACGGUCGGAUGGCUCCGGUAAGUCGCACACCACCCGGCGAAGAAUCGCGUGCGAUAUUCGCACAUGCUUCUUUGGGAGAUGGCCAAGAAUGCAACAUGACGAAGAAGCGAGUUACUCAAGCGAGAGUUCAGCGAACGGGCCCGCGAACAGUUGGAUGACCGUUGGUGGUCGAUGAAGGUAGCGGGAAAAAUUUUCCCAGGCCCGAGACCUUUUGCGAAGUCGCGCCGG